GUUGCCUGUUCCCCAUUUCUUGGCAUGAACGGCUGGAUUAGAUCGAUGCAGGCGACGUGUAUGUAUGUAUGAAUGAAUGAAUGAAUGGAGUGUGUUGCGACCGAGAAGUGCCCGAAAGAAAUUGAAGAGAAAUGGCGAUUUUCGAUGUGAUUGCUGAUGGGUUGAAGUUGGAAUUCAAGAGGGAAUUUAAUCAAAGUUCUGAUCCGAGAGUUGGUUCUUCAAGAGAUAAUUCCACAAGUUCGACCUUAGCAGCUGCAGCAUCGGGGUCCAACUCUUCGUCAUUCUCUUCGCUGUUUUCCACUUUAAUACCCGUGGGCGUCUUUGCUGUAGUCUGUACCGUCUCAUUUCUGGUGUUACGGAGGAAAUAUCCCAGGGUAUAUGCACCAAGGACUUUUUUGAGUAGUUUAGAACCUCAUGAACGAAGUAAGGAACUACCAUCUGGAUGGUUCAAUUGGAUCAAACCCUUCUUCAAUACUCCAGAUGAAGCGGUUCUCAAUCAAUCAUCAUUAGAUGGGUACUUAUUCCUCCGAUUCCUCAAGAUUAUGUGUGUAAUAUGUCUUGUAGGAUGUGGCCUUGUAUUUCCCGUCUUGAUACCUUUACAUGUACUUGGAGGUGCUGGUAAUGAACAACUUGAUCAAUUGACAUUUGGAAAUGUUGAUAACCCAAAAAUUUACUAUGUACACGCAUUUUUGGCAUGGCUCUUCUUCGGAUUUAUCAUGUAUACUGUCUCACGAGAGUGCGUUUACUACAUUAAUCUCCGUCAAGCUUAUCUUCUCCAUCCAUACUAUGCUAAACGCUUGUCAUCGAGGACUGUUCUAUUCACGUGCGUUCCGCAACAAAAUUUGGAAGAAGCUAAAUUACGAAAGGUAUUUGGCGAUUCUGUCAAGCAUAUUUGGAUUCCAAGAGAAACCCGAGAACUGCAAGACUUGGUGGAUGAAAGAAAUCAAACAGCUUAUCGACUGGAGAAGGCCGAGACAGCAUUAAUAAAGCUUGCGAAUAAAGAAAGAAACCGAGCACUCAAACAUGGGCAUCCAGAUCUUGAAUCAAGCAUUGGUAUAAAUUCUGUUCAAGAAACAAAGCGUGGAUCUACAGCAACUGAAAAUCAUAGACCGAGCUUGGUUAGAAGUUCAGCUGAUGUAAAUCAUAGGGACAUCGAGAUUUUGGAAGAUCCCGUGUCAGCUACAGACACAUUGGUAGGGUCAAAUUCCAGUCCAACCGAUGGAAAAGAGAGAGAAGCUAGCGUCACUGAGAAAGCAAUGUCCCAAACAAAUUCUCAAGCAACCACCGACGAAAACCCCGCAACCCCAAAUUUAAGAUGGGGAGAUAAUGGAUACGGAAUGGCAGGGCCUCCUCCUGGAGUGAGUGGAUCAAUUGCAGCACAAUGGAUUCCUCACAGCUGGAGACCGACACAUCGACCCUUAUCAAAUUAUGGAAGAAGCGUAGAUACCAUCAAAUGGACACGAGCUCGACUGAAGGAAAUCGCGCCACAGAUAAGCAAACUGAGAAGAAUUCAUCGACAGGGAAAAGUAAAGCCAUUGCCCGCCGCGUUUAUUGAAUUCGAUACUCAAGUCAACGCUCAAUCCGCCUACCAAACAUUAUCUCAUCAUCGAGCAUUCCACAUGACACCACAUAUCAAUGGAAUUCGACCACACGAGAUCGUAUGGGAGUCACUUCGCAUGAGAUGGUGGGAACGUAUCAUGCGUAAUUUCGCAAUCCAAGGUUUCGUGGCCUGUAUGGUCAUAUUUUGGUCCAUCCCUUGUGCAUUGAUAGGGAUAAUAUCCAACAUUAAUUUUCUAACCACAAAAGUUCCAUUCUUGGGUUGGAUUAACAAACUUCCAUCUUCAAUUCUCGGGUUGCUUACGGGCUUAUUACCAGCUGUAGCUUUGACACUUCUCAUGUCAUUGGUUCCAGUCAUUUUACGACAUUGUGCACGUCAAGCUGGAAUCCCGUCUUAUUCGAUGAUCGAGCUUUACACACAAUCUACUUACUUUAUAUUCCAAGUUGUACAAGUGUUCCUUGUAACAACUAUCACUUCCGCCGCAUCUGCAGCAUUCGAGAAAAUCAUCGAGGAUCCUACUUCUGUGCGCUCAUUACUUUCACAGAAUUUACCUAAAUCAUCAAACUUCUACGUCUCGUAUUUCAUCCUCCAGGGUCUCGCCAUGUCCGCCACGAGAUUAUUGCAACUACCUGCUUUAAUUCGCCACCUAAUGUUUCAAAAUGAGCAAAACCCAAGAUUGAUGAUCAACAAGUGGCACCGAAUCCGAAUCGUCCAUUGGGGAGCUGUUUAUCCUGUCUUCACAAAUAUGGGCGUAAUAGCCAUUACAUAUUCGCUAAUAAGUCCGCUGACAAUCGUAUUCGCACUCUUGGGUUUAUCUCUCAUAUAUAUCGUAUCGAAAUACAAUCUUCUCUACACCUAUUCCUCCGAAAUGUCCACGCGAGGACUCUUAUAUCCGCAUGCUCUUAAACAACUGCUGACAGGUGUAUAUCUUGCGGAAGUCUGUCUCAUCGGUCUCUUCGGACUACGAAGCGCAUUUGGCCCGUUGGUGAUCAUGUUCGGAUUAACAAUCUUCACAGCAUUGAUCCAUGUAAGUCUCAACGAAGCACUCGGACCACUCCUUUGGAAUCUUCCUCGAACACUCGCUGUUGAGGAACUAUAUCGCGGACUGGCAUUUAAUCCAGAUUUGCAAACACCCAUGCCGACCAUGGAUCGAAACAACACCCAUGACGGAAAUGAAAACGGAGAUUCAUUUUUUCCCAUGCACACACCCGAACAAACUCAAUCCCAUCCAGCAGUAUCAACAUAUAUAAGUCACCGCACAUCCACAACCCCCAAUUCACACCCCACCAUCCCCGAAGAAAACGAACCCGAGCCCGAACCCCACAACGACUCCGACUCCGACUCCGAAAAAGAAGAAGAAGAAAACGAAACCCACGAUCCCAACCCCCAAUCCCGCUCCGCAGCCAAACGUAUCGAAGGGCUCCCACACCUCUCAAAACUAACCCUCAGCUUCCUCGUACAGGCUCUAAAAUCCAAAAUCCAACCACACCUACAUCUUCUAGACCCCUACCUAACCUAUCUCACGCCCCUCGUCUCACCCAUCCACAACCCCUCCUCCCCUCCCAACUUCUUCAUCAAAUUCCUUCACCCCGAGAUAUUUUCCGACUACCACAUUCUCCGCUCCCUCACUGCGCCUUUACCGCUUAUGGAAAACGGAUUUGAGUACACGACCAAACAGCACGAGGAUGCAUAUUUUCCGCCCUGUGUGGCGAGAGGGCGAGAUCCAAAACUGUGGAUUCCGAGGGAUGAGGCGGGGGUUAGUAGACAGGAGUGUGAACAUACGAGGAAACUUGCGGGGGUGGAAUGUAGUGAUGAGGGGGUGGAGUUGAAGUUUGAGGAAGAGGGGAAGGGGGAGGGGAAGAAGAAGGGAAAAGGCAGAUGGGGAAAGAAAAACGAGGGGACAGUAAUAGUGAAUGAUUUGCAGGGGGAAAAUUGUAUUUGGAUUCGGGAGACGAAGUUUUAGAAUUGAGGGAUUGGAAGUGCGCAACGGGAGUAAAAAAGUGAGUUCCAUGAAUGUGAGAAUCAUGAUUCGGAAUUUUGGUUGGUACGGCAUGGUUUUGGGUGUAUGAUAGAAUUACAAGGCGUUUUAUUGGGUAUAAUGUAUAUAGGGAGGCAUAACUUAAUUCAAUCUGAGAUAAAGUUAAUGAUACUUAACCUCA